AUGGGCUACGAAGCGAAGCGACUGACGGCCACCGGUAGCGGCUCACUGGACGAGCUGGUCCACUAUGUAACGAUCCACAUCCCGCUGCCGGUCGUGCUGAGCGGUGCCGUAAUGCCGUUCAUGGUGGUGUACGCACUCUGGCUGUACCUGUGGGUGUUUGUUUACGGUAUCGAUGAGUAUCAGGAUGCCGGGUUACUGUUUCUAGCCGGUAUUGCCUUCACGCAAAUCUUCGUGUGCCUGUGCUGCUUCUGGAGCGUUCACGUACAGACGUUCCUAAACUGCCGACGGACGAAGGCACCGUGUGCCGGUGCGAUUGUAAAGGUCGUUCCGACGGAGAAUAAUGGUACAUCGGAGUUGGUGCGCAUCCGGCAGACGAAACCGGAGGACGGUGCGAAAGAGGACGGCGAGCUUACGUACUGGUUUCUGUUUCAAAAGACCAAAUACAUCUGGGAUCCAAACAAGGCCCUGUUCCGCAGCGUCGAGUUCCCGAUACACCGUACGUACGAGGAGUAUUUCGAGUCGAAGGGUCAUCUGGACGAUGCGGACGUGACGCUCGCUCAAGCUACAUACGGGGAUAAUGAGAUGGAGAUGGUGGUGCCGGAAUUUCUCGAGCUGUUCAAAGAGCGUGCCACGGCACCGUUUUUUGUCUUUCAGAUCUUUUCCGUGCUGUUGUGGUGUUUGGAUGAGUACAUGUACUAUUCGUUGUUCACGCUCUGCAUGCUCGUCAUCUUCGAGUGUGUGCUGGUACAGCAGCAACUCCGCAGCCUGUCGGAGAUCCGCAAGAUGGGCAACAAGCCGUACCAGAUCAACGUGUUCCGGAACCGGCGCUGGCGUGCGAUCAGCUCUGCGAAGCUUGUGCCGGGUGAUCUCGUGUCGGUAACACGCUCACAGGACGAAAACAUCGUACCGUGCGAUCUGCUGCUCAUACGCGGUUCGUGCAUCGUGGACGAGAGCAUGUUGACCGGUGAAUCGGUCCCACAGAUGAAGGAAUCGCUGGAGAACAACACGGACGAACACGACAAGGUGCUGGAUAUUGAGGCAGACGGGAAGCUGCACGUGCUGUUCCGUGGCACGAAAGUUGUGCAACAUUCGGCACCGAGCAAGGGAGCAAUGCGAUCACCGGACAAUGGUUGCAUCGGGUACGUGUUGCGUACUGGCUUUAACACCUCCCAGGGCAAACUGCUCCGCACGAUCCUGUUCGGGGUGAAGCGCGUUACCGAGAACAACCUGGAAACGUUUGCUUUCAUACUGUUUCUACUUGUGUUUGCAAUUGCGGCCGCUACGUACGUGUGGAUCAAGGGCACGGAAGAUCCGGAAAGAAACCGAUACAAGCUGUUCCUGGAGUGUACACUCAUUCUCACGUCGAUCAUACCACCGGAUCUACCGAUCGAGCUAUCACUGGCUGUUAAUACAUCGCUGUUACAGCUGUCCAAGGUGUACGUGUACUGCACGGAGCCGUUCCGUAUGCCGUUUGCCGGAAAGGUACAAAUUUGCUGCUUCGAUAAGACGGGUACGCUGACGAGCGACAACUUGGUGGUGGAAGGUAUUGCCGGGCUAAAGCAGGACACUUCGAUCGUACCGAUCGAAGAUAUUCCGGAGGAGACAGCUCACGUGCUCGGUUCCUGCCAUUCGUUGGUUCAGCUCGACGAGGGUCUGGUGGGUGACCCGCUGGAGAAAGCCACCCUGACGGCAAUCGAUUGGAACCUUACCAAGGGUGACUCCUGCGUUCCGAAGCGUAAAAAAUUCAAAGCCCUCCGUAUCUAUCACCGUUUUCACUUCUCAUCAUCUCUGAAGCGCAUGUCCGUACUGGCCGGGUACGUGAUACCGUUCACGAAUGAAAACUGCUACAUCGGCACGGUAAAGGGAGCACCGGAAGUGAUCGUGAAGAUGCUAAAAACCGUCCCCGACCACUACGAACGCACGUAUCUGGAAUAUUCGCGUCGCGGUGCUCGGGUGCUUGCGCUCGGUUACAAGAACUUCGGUACGCUCGACAACAACACGGUGCGCGAGCUGAAGCGGGACGAUGUGGAGCGUGAUCUCGAGUUUGCCGGUUUCAUCAUAAUCUCCUGCCCGCUGAAACCCGACUCGAAGUACGCGAUCAAGGAGAUCAUACAGGCAUCGCACAAGGUGAUGAUGAUUACCGGCGAUAACCCGCUGACGGCGUGUCACGUCGCGAAGGAACUGCGGUUCAGUCGGCGUACGAUCGUCAUCUUAACACCGCCGGAAGAGUUGAACGGAAGCACGGGGAAGAAGGGGGGUGCGAGCGACUGGCACUGGGAGUCAAUCAACCGUGAGGUGCAGCUGCCCGUUGAUUCACGCACCGUGAAGGAGCUGUACCGGGAGUAUGAUUUCUGCAUCACCGGCGAAGGUAUGCAGUAUCUCGAUCGAGAACGUCAGCCGUACCUUCUGCAGCUGAUACCGUACGCUACCGUGUUUGCGCGGUUUGCACCGAAGCAGAAAGAGUACGUGAUAACGACGCUCAAGAAGCUCGGCUACUACACGCUUAUGUGUGGCGAUGGCACGAAUGACGUUGGGGCGCUGAAGCACGCCCACGUCGGUGUGUCAUUGCUGAGCCAUAUGCCAUCCCGGUCGGAGCGGAAACAGCAGCGCGAACAGCAGGACGACAAGGAGGAGAAGAAAAAGGCACUCAAAACAAGCAGUUCAAAUGCGGGUGCGACCGAGGACGGUAACAACCGUCGGCAGCUAACGCCUCGUGAACGAGCCAUUAUGCGAGCGCGAGAAAAUCAAAGUGCGGCCCAGGAACGGUUGCAGAAAGCGCUGAAAGAGAUGGACGAAGAGCAGGUGCAGAUAGUGAAGCUGGGCGAUGCGAGUAUUGCGGCUCCAUUCACAAGCCGGUUGACUUCGAUCAAUUGUGUAUGUCACAUAAUUAAGCAGGGCCGCUGCACGUUGGUAACGACAUUGCAGAUGUUCAAAAUACUUGCCCUGAAUGCACUCAUCUCCGCCUACUGCCAGUCGGUACUGUACAUCGACGGCGUGAAGCACAGCGAUGCGCAACUCACCCUGCACGGCUUGCUGACGGCGGCCUGUUUUCUGUUCAUUACGCGCUCGAAACCGUUGAAGGUGCUGUCGAAACAAGCGCCCCUGCCGAACAUCUUCAACCUGUACUCGGUAACGACAAUCCUGGCACAGUUUGCGAUCCAUUUCUCGGCGCUGAUCUACAUGGUGCACGAAGCCAACGCACGAUCACCUCCACGGGAAGGAAAAGUGAAACUGAACGUAGAUUUGGCACCGGAUGAGAAGCAAGAAUUCGAACCGAACAUCGUGAACAGCACGGUGUACAUCAUCGGUAUUGCAAUGCAGAUCGCCACGGUAGCCGUCAACUACAAGGGCCAUCCGUUUAUGGAGAGUUUGCGGGAGAAUCGGCUACUUUCGUACGCGAUCUUCAGUUCGAGCGCGAUCGUGCUGUGCCUGGCGUUAGGUAUCGUGCCCGAUUUGCUCGAAAUGUUUGAAGUGAUUGACUUUGAUGCCGAUUUUCGGCGAAUUCUCGUUGGCGUACUGAUAGCGGAUAUGGUACUAGCGUACCUAAUCGAUCGCGUUUGUUCGUUUCUGUUCGGUGAAACGCGAGGCAAGUCGGACAUUAUUACUUAA